AUGACAGAAUUGGUGAUGGAUUACCUUUCCAAGGUACAAGACAACCCAAUAUGGGAUGCUCUGUACGAGUUCAUGCCCUACAGGAGGCCACAGGACGGUCUAUAUGCACGCGGCUCCCUAGACAAAUAUGUCGUUGCCCUCCUCACUGUGAUCAUCUUGCUGGCCAGGAUAGUCUUCAAAAACAUAGUGUCCAAUCCCAUUGGUCGACAUUACAAUGUCCAAAAGAGACAGUUUAAAUCCUACACUUGGCAGUCCUGGCUUGCUAUCUGCCAUACCGUGUCCAUGUGCUGGGGUCUGUAUCUGUUCUACACAGAACCAUUAGAGUAUUGGAAGGAUUUAACUCUGGUCUGGAAAGGCUACCCUGGCCCACAGAUGUACCUCUCAUUCAACUUGAAACUCUACUACCUAACUGAACUGGCUUACUGGUGGCACCAUCUCAUCGUCCUACAAACAAUCACUCCAAGAAGAUACGACUAUUCGCUUAUGAUGGGGCAUCACACUGUUACUAUUGCGCUAAUAACUCUGUCGUAUCACAUGAAUUUCCAAAUGCUGGGUCAUGUUAUCAUGUUCUUAUUCGAUGUGGCAGAUGUGUUUCUAGCACUAUCAAAAGCACUGAAAUAUUGUGGAGCACAUACCAUAGUAGAUAUCCUAACAGUCAUGUUUACUGUAUCGUGGCUCUUGACGAGACAUGUUGGAAUGGGCUUUGUUAUUAGAAGUGUCAUGAUGGAUGCUCCCGUUCUCAUGCCAAACAAGGUCUGGGAUCCAGAGAUUGGAAAUUAUUAUUCGUGGAAUGUAUACUACUUCUUUCUGGCACUGUUUCUUGCACUGGAACUAAUGUGUGCAUACUGGAUGUAUCUCAUUUUAAAGAUUGCAUGGAACAUGUUACGAGGGCAACAUGCUGACGAUGAUCGCAGUGACAUUGAUGAAGACGAGGAGGUGGAAGAAGAAGUGAAAGAACCAGUGAAAAAACAUGAAAAGACACCAGCUGCCAAACAUACUAGUAAUGGAAAGGCUGAUAAUGCUACUAAUGGUCUCAGGAAGAGGAGUUAA